AGCUUGGGUGCCUGCCCUGCUCUCCCCAUAAUGCCUCAUCAUGCAUUCCAUUCCAGUUUGCCAUUGAUGAAAGUUUUAACAACUGCCAUAGCAUUCCAGGGGCUAUCAGUGUUCCACUACCACCAGUGAUGGGGUUCUCAUUACCAGCAGGCUAGCAGGUUGCAAGCCGAAUUGUGUCGCCUCAGAAAUGCCCGUGAGAAGCCCCAUGACUACCAAUGAAGUUCACAGCGAGGUACAGGUUAUGCAGGCUCGUACCCAAAAAAGAGGGUGGGUAGUUUGAGACCUUGGGUGGACCCGCAUACGGGUCCCCAACCGCCCUCGCGGGUGAGCGACCGCGGAUCCCUCCCGGCCCAUGUUCGCUAAGCAAGCCGGGGAAGCGCGGUCCCAGCGUCUCCUCGGGACUGUCGCCGUUAAGUGCCCUUGCCCUGCAGUCUCCAAUGGGAGAAACGCACACGGACAGACUGGAACUUUAUUUUCCCCUCUUCAGUCAUUCUCGUCCUACUCUACACAUCCCUAAACGUCUCUAUCGCCUAGUCUCUUUAAAUGAAACGGUACAGGAGUAAACGGUCCCCUUAAGCGGAUGCCGGAGAGCGCGGCGUACCGGAACUGACGCAUUACGUGCCGCGUGUUCCCGCCCACCCUUCGCCGGCAGUUCCGUGGCGGGAACCGAGGCGACUGUGCUGAUCGCGGGGAGUGUCACCCUGUCCGGCAGCUCGGGCCUUUCUGCGCCUGCUAUUCUCCAAUUAGGGAACGGAGCUAAGACUUUGCGACCACCUCGCCCUUUCAUCGUCCCGGAAGCCCCAGGAACGAGCCGGCGGUGUCCUCGCUCCAGAGUCGAGCGGCUGAAAGGCCCAGGCAGUGCCCAGGAAUACGCGCGGGAAGCCGGGGAUAACAGGGUGAAGUAACCAUGCAAGCAUUUCUAAAAGGCACAUCUAUCAGCACUAAACCACCAUUGACCAAGGAUCGAGGAAUAGCUGCCACUGCCGGAAGCAGUGGAGAGAACAAGAAAGCCAAACCUGUUCCAUGGGUGGAAAAGUAUCGCCCAAAAUGUGUGGAUGAAGUUGCUUUCCAGGAUGAAGUGGUUGCAGUGCUGAAAAAGUCUUUAGAAGGAGCUGAUCUUCCUAAUCUGUUGUUUUAUGGGCCACCUGGAACUGGAAAAACAUCCACUAUUUUGGCAGCAGCUAGGGAACUCUUUGGGCCUGAACUUUUUCGAUUAAGAGUUCUUGAGUUAAAUGCAUCCGAUGAACGUGGGAUUCAAGUAGUUAGAGAGAAAGUGAAGAAUUUUGCUCAAUUAACUGUAUCAGGAAGUCGUUCAGAUGGGAAGCCUUGCCCUCCUUUUAAGAUUGUGAUUCUGGAUGAAGCAGAUUCUAUGACCUCGGCUGCUCAGGCAGCUUUAAGACGUACCAUGGAAAAAGAAUCUAAAACCACCCGAUUCUGUCUCAUCUGUAACUAUGUUAGUCGAAUAAUUGAACCUCUGACCUCUAGAUGUUCUAAAUUCCGCUUCAAACCUCUGUCAGAUAAAAUUCAACAGCAGCGAUUACUAGACAUUGCUGAUAAAGAACAUGUCAAAAUUAGCAAUGAGGGAGUAUCUUAUCUUGUUAAAGUGUCAGAAGGAGACUUAAGAAAAGCCAUUACAUUUCUUCAAAGUGCUACUCGAUUAACAGGUGGGAAGGAGGUCACAGAGAAGGUGAUCACCGAUAUUGCUGGGGUAAUACCAUCUGAGACAAUUGAUGGAAUAUUUGCUGCAUGUCAGAGUGGCUCUUUCGACAAACUAGAAGCUGUGGUAAAGGACUUAAUAGAUGAGGGUCAUGCAGCAACUCAGCUUGUAAAUCAACUUCAUGAUGUGGUUGUAGAGAAUGAUAACCUUUCUGAUAAACAAAAGUCCAUUAUUACAGAAAAAUUUGCUGAAGUAGACAAAUGCUUAGCAGAUGGUGCUGAUGAACAUCUGCAACUGAUCAGCCUCUGUGCUACUGUGAUGCAACAGUUAACUCAAAAUUGUUAAAAUUACUCAAUUUAUAUUUUCUUUAAAAAAUAAAAUGACUAAAGCACCUUUAAAGUGAAUAUACAAUUUAUUUAACAUUCAAACUUCAUUAAGACAUGUGCAAUAUGGCAAUUUUACUGAGGGUUUAACCCUACCUAGAAUAUGAUUGCUUGCUGGGGCUUAGCAACAGGGUCCAGUUCACACUUAGCACUAAUUAAAUACUUUAUUGAAUAAAUACAAUACCAAACAAAAUGCAUCCAAAUGCUCUCUAAAAAAAAAAAAA